UUUAAUUUCAAAAACUUUAUAUUUAAAAUACACUACGACAAAUAAAAUCAAAUGAAGAAUAAAAGAAAAGCAAAUCCAUCUCUUAGUACUAAUUAUUAAGAAGAGCCUUCUUUGUAGGUAUUUUAAAAUGCUAUUUUAAGUGAGUAAUUAGGUACUUUGCAACCAAGCACCACCUGCUAAAGAUGUUCUUCGCCAUUUAAUUUAAGUCACUUGAAUCAUUCUUAUGAACAAUAAAAGCAAAAUUAAUUUUUUUUAAAUGCAAGCUAUGAAAAUUAGUAGAGUAACUAAAAUGAAUAUCAAGAUAUUAACUAAAAAAGACAUUUAUUUGAUAAAGAAACUGAAAUUAAUCAUACAAAAAAUAAUUUAAAAAAAUAAAGUAACGAUGUGAGGAGAUCAUUGUAAGUUUAGUCAACAAAAAAUAGGUCAAACACUUAUAAUAGGGAUAAUAAUAAAAAAUAAAUAGCAACUAGCAUCAAUAAUAAUAGUUUUAAUAAUUCUAAAAAGAUGAAUUUUUCUUCAAACGAGCAUGGAAGGCAAGAUAAAAACAGGAAAUCUUCUCCUCUAAAACUAGAAAAGGAUAGUCAAAUAACUAUUCAACUUAAAACAAUAGACAAUAUAGUUGAAUAAAAAGUUAAAAAAAGGGAAUAAAGGCUUAUUGAGAAAGAAAACGCAAUAUUAGAGCUUCAAGAAAACUUUAAAAAAAAAAUAGAAGAGUUAGACAAUAAGCUAAAUUUGUAAUUAGUGAAUCAACAGUAAGAUAGAAGUGUAAACGACUUUGUUGGAGGCAGAUUAUAGUAAGGAUAAUCAAUUCCUAUAGCUAGUGCUUAUAUAGCUAACAAUUUAAAUGGCUAGAAUGUUAUAACAUCAUCUUCUUCGAUUGAUGGAAGAAUCACAUCAUAAACAGGUUAAAAUGAAUCUAUUUUUAAUAUAGCUAACAGAAACAAUACAUUUGCUAGGAAUUCUAGUGAUGCAACUACAAAUUUUACAAAUAACCAAAGCACUUCGCUAUUUAGUUAGAAUGGAAUAUCUUCUGAUUAGUUGCUCAUAAAAUAAUCCUAGUAAAACCAGUAGAGGUUAAAUAUUAAAAGUAGAGAUUUAUCUAGUGAGGAAAAUCUUCAUAGAAGAAAUAGAUCAAAAACAUCAAACUAAUUUACUGAAGAUUUAAAUCCCAAAAACAUUUACUCAACUAACAACAAUUCAUAUGCAAAUUGUGAUUUUUUGAAUUAUACUACAGUAAAUGGUAAUAAUUUUACUUAAGAAAACACUUGCAAUUAUGAGAACGAGGACUUUAAUAAUUAAUAAAACUCUGAAAAUUCUGAUUAAUCUGAUUAGCCAUUAAUAAACUAGGCAGUUAAUUGCUAAUGCAAUAUUACUUAAACAAACAUUAAUUAAAAAAUUUAAAAUCGUAAUUUAGUAUUAGAAAAUUUAAGCUAUUCUAUUUCCAAUAAAAAUAGCAAUAGUACUAAAACUAAAAGUAUUUCUCCUUACGGACAAGUACAAACUCCUAAUAAUGCAGGUUAAUUUAAUUACAGGAUAAAUACAUAGAAUUCAUAUUAAAAUAGUGGCAAAACAGCAAAUGAUAUUUUAAAUAAUACACUUUCUUUAAAUAAUACAAAUUGUAUGUUGAAUUAAACUCAAUACAAUAACCAUAAUAUGUUAAAUUAAACUCUAAAUAACAACUAAAAUAUUUUGAAUACAACACUAAGCAACAAUCUUAAUUUAUUGAAUACCACAAACUUGGCUAUAAAUGAAUAGUUUUUAGAUUAAAAAAUAAUGGAGAAGUAAAAGUAACUAGAAUUUAUUGAGCAUGAAAUGUUUUUAAAAGAGAAAGCAAUUAAAGAAAAGAAGGAGUAAAUUAUUGACCUUGAUAGAAAUAUAUCAGAAAAAAAAGAAUACAUUCGUAAAUAUACUGACAAUUUUGAAAUACUCAGAGAGAAUGCUCAUUAAAUAAAAAUAGAUUUAAAUGAAGAGGAAAAAAUACUUGAAAAAGUUAAGGAAGAAAAAAAAAAGGAGUUGGAGGAGACAAAAAACUUGAAAAAAGAAUUGUCUAAUUUGAAUGAAAAAAUAGCAGUAUCAAAAGCAGAGCUUGAGCAAGUCGAGGCUCAUAUGAAAGAAAAAGAAGUACAGCUCAAAGAAAAAAGUGAUAAAUUGUAAUUAGUUUAACUGCAACUCCAGUAAACAGAAUCUUAAAUUGAAACCUAAAUGAUUAUGAUUAGAUAAUAAACUGAUUAAAUAGAAAUUAGAUUUAAAUAGCUAAAUGAUCUUUCUGUAUUUGUUGAUAAGGAGAGACGCAAACUUCAACAAAAAGAAGCAGAUGUUGAAAAUUUAAAUUAAAAUUGUAUAGCAAUUAGGGAAUAAAAUUCUAAUAAAGAAAAAUAGCUGAAGAAAAGAGAGGAAGAUGUUUACAGGAUGUAAUUGCAUUUAGAUGUUGAAAGAACAGGAAUUGAAGAGCUAAAGCAAAAGUUAAAAGAAUAAGAAGCAGUUAUUUCAUCAGAAAAAAAGAAGUUAGAUGAAGUAGCAUCAUAAUUAUCUUAAAAGCAGUAAAAUUUACUUGAGUACAAAGAGGGUUGGGAAAAAAAAUUAAAAGAAAAAGAAGAGAAUCUCUUCCAAAGAGAAGGUUCAAUUAAAAUGAAAGAGGAGCUCCUGAUUCAAUAAAGUCAGUUAUAUCAAGACUUAGAGUUAAAAAUGGAAGGACUAAAUCUACAAGGAUAAUUAUGGGAAAAGAAGUGCAUGGUUGAUUAAUAAAAUAUUAUUUAACUUUAAAAGAAGUACUCAGCUCAAGGUUUAUUUAAUUCUGCAUCUGCAUAAAGGAAAAAGAAAAUUGUAAAUUCUUAGAGCGGUGACUUUUCAAAUAAUAAAGAAAAUGAUUUGUUUAUUAAAACAAACAUAAAGUCAAAUUUGUUUCCACCUUCAUCCUUAAAACUAGUACCUUAAUCAACUACUAACGAAACGACAUAAUCUUCAUAAAAACCGCCAUAUUACUUCUCAAAUGCAAAAUCAGACUAUAUGAAAUAAACAAAUAGGAAAUAAGAUGAUAAUUAAAUGUAAAACUAUACUUAAGAAAAUGAGUAAUACUACCGAAAUGAGCAAGAAUUUAAUGAUACAGAAAAUGAUUAGAAUUUAAAUAAUGCUAAUAUUAUUAAUUAAAGUGGAAACACAGGAUUAAUAAAGAUCAACACCAAUGAAAAAGGCUAAAAUAAAAAUAGUUAAUUUUUCAAAAACUUUAACAAAAAAUGA